AUGGCCACCGGUGCGCGGCAAAAAGUCGGCAUCGAUAUCAAUGGCAGCUUGCCGAUGUCUCUCAGCGAUCCGUCGGCUACUGGCGCCCUCCCUGAUGGAAUGGAAGACGCGCCGCUGAUUCAUGAAACUUCAAUGGAACAGUUUCCAACUCUGUUCUCUUGUCGACUCGGGAAGUGGACCCAUCAAAGGAUCCCUGAACCUGCUCCCUCCCAUUGGAAGCAACCUGCGUCUUGGCUCUUCACCUGUUUGGACCCUUUUGGUUCUGGCUGGUACGAUUUUUCUCCCAGCCGGAAACUCCUCAUUACCGGCCUAAGGGAUCUUUGGGGAAACUUGAGAGAUACGACAGAACGAUCCGUCACGUCCAUUGGACGUUCGGAAUCGCCAUGGCGAGGAGCCCACGGGUGGUACUGCGUAGAGUUUGAUUUCUGUCUCGACUGCGACAGCCCAACCCGAUGA